CUGCUCAAUUAAGUAGCAGCUCUUGCAUGAAUGGCGCCGCCCAGCUGGCCGCCGUGUCUGCUGCUUCUGCUUCUCUGCCUCGCCGGCGGCGGCAUACUCCAACCUGGCGCCCAGCCUGACAGCAAAGGUUUCAUAAGCAUCGAUUGCGGGUACCCGGGGGAGACGAGCUACGUGGAUGAUACCAACGGGCUAUCUUACUCCCCUGAUGCUGGCUUCACCGAUGCUGGCACCAACCGUAACAUUUCUGGUGAGUAUGUCCGGCCACUGCUCUCCCGGCGUGCCCACAACCUGCGGAGCUUCCCCGACGGCAGACGCAACUGCUACACUCUCCGCUCCCUGGUGUCCGGGCUCAAGUACCUCAUCCGUGCCAACUUCGUAUACGGCAACUAUGACGGCCUCAACCGGCCACCCGCGUCAUUCGACCUCCACAUCGGGGUCAACUUCUGGACGACGGUGAACUUGUCGUCAUGGUCAGACCCGGUGGGUAGCUUAGCUUGGGUGGAAGCCGUUGUCGUGGUCCCGGAUGAGUUUGUGCAGGUAUGCUUGGUGAACACCGGCGGUGGGACGCCCUUCAUUUCUGGGCUAGACCUCAGGGCACUCAAGAGGAAGCUUUACCCGCAGGCCACGGUGGAGCAAGGGCUGGUGGCAAUCGGCAGGUUCAACGCUGCCCCGACUAAUAAAUCAUACAUUGCCAGGUAUCCUGAUGACCCACACGACCGAAUAUGGUACCCAUGGUAUGAUGCCACAAUUUGGGCCGAGUUGUCGACGACCCAUACCGUGACCAACGCCGACUAUGGCCUCUUUGAGGCGCCACCGGUGGUGAUGCAGACGGCGAUCACGCCACGGAACGGCUCCAGGAGCAUCGUGUUCUACUGGGACGCGGAGCCGACACCCAACGACCCCUCGCCCGGCUACAUCAUCGUCAUGCACUUCGCCGAGCUGCAGCUCGACGCUGUGCGCAACUUCUACGUCAACCUCAACGGCAAGCCCUGGUACUCGGAUGCCUACACGCCGGACUACCUUCGCAGCAAUGCCGUAUACGAUAUCGUGCCCAACCGACAGAGACACUACAACCUCACCAUCGAUGCUGCCACCAACUCGACUCUGCCACCGAUCCUCAAUGCCGUCGAGUUGUUCUCUGUCAUCCCCACCACAAUAGUCGGCACUGACUCCCAGGAUGCAUCUGCCGCCAUGGAAAUCAAGGCCAAGUAUCAGGUGCACAAGAACUGGAUGGGCGACCCAUGCCUUCCCAAGACUAUGGCAUGGGAUAGGUUGACUUGCAGCCAUGCCAUCGCAAGCCGUCCAAGGAUCACAAGCCUAAACAUGUCAUCCAGUGGACUGACAGGUAAUAUAUCAACUUCUUUUGCGGAUCUCAAGGCUCUCCAAUACCUGGAUCUGUCAAACAAUAACUUGACAGGCUCAAUUCCAGAUGCCCUUUCGGAGUUACCUUCGUUGACAGUUAUAGAUUUUUCUGGCAACCAGCUCCAUGGAUCAAUCCCCCCUGGACUUCUCAAAAGAAUUCAAGAUGGCACUCUCGAUCUAAGACAUGGCAACAAUUCAGAGCUUUGCACAGGCAGCAAUUCAUGCCAGCUGUCUGCUAAAAGGAAGAAUAAAGUGGCCAUCUACGUUGCUGUCCCUAUCCUUGUCAUUCUAGUGAUAGUAUCAGCGGCAAUACUAGUCUUUUUCCUGCUACGACGCCGAAAUCAGCAGCAAGGAUCAAUGAACAACAUGACCACGGUAAAGCCGCAGAACGAGGAGGUAAUGUCGACAAGCUAUGGCGGAGGUGACAUUGAUUCACUGAGGAUAGUUGAGAACCGCCGGUUCACAUACAAGGAGCUUGAGAUGAUAACCAAUGGCUUCAAGAGAGUGCUCGGCCAGGGAGGGUUUGGCCGUGUCUAUGACGGCUUUCUGGAAGAUGGUACUCAGGUAGCGGUAAAGCUUCGGUCUCAUGCUUCCAAUCAAGGCGUCAAGGAGUUCCUGGCAGAGGCUCAGAUUCUAACCCGGAUACACCACAAGAAUCUUGUGUCCAUGAUUGGCUACUGCAAGGAUGGGAAAUACAUGGCACUUGUCUACGAGUACAUGGCAGAAGGAACCCUGCGGGAGCACAUUGCAGGAAACGACCGCAACGGAGCAUGUUUACCUUGGAAACAAAGACUCCGGAUCGCACUUGAAUCUGCCCAAGGGUUGGAGUACCUACACAAGGGGUGCAACCCGCCUCUCAUCCACAGAGAUGUCAAGGCCACCAACAUCCUGCUGAAUGCCAGACUGGAGGCCAAGAUUGCGGAUUUCGGCUUGUCGAGGGCCUUCGACCACGACACUGACCCUGUUUACACGAAUGCGGUUUUUGGUACCCCCGGAUAUAUGGAUCCGGAGUACCAGGCAACGAUGCAUCCAACGACCAAGAGCGACGUGUACAGCUUCGGCGUGGUACUGCUGGAGCUGGUCACGGGGAAUACAGCCAUCCUUUCAGAUCCAGAGCCCACAAACAUUAUCCAUUGGUCACAGCAGCGGCUCGCACGGGGCAACAUUGAGGGCGUGGUAGAUGUGCGCAUGCACAACGGUUACGACGUCAACGGCGUGUGGAAGGUAGCGGAGAUCGCGCUCAAGUGCACCUCACAGGGGUCAGCGCAGCGGCCCACCAUGUCCGAUGUGGUGGCGCAGCUGCAGGAGUGUAUCAAACUCGAGGAGGGCCGAGCUCACGGCUUCGACGCUGGUGUGAGCAACAACACUGCAUUUGAGAUGGAACAUGGGGUGCCCACGGUGGCCACCGGUCCUGCUGCUCGUUGAAGAACUUGUCAUUAACAUUAUAUACAAAAAGUAUACUACUGGUAAGUGGUGUGUAAUUUAUGUUUUCCCAAGUAAGACACUAAAUUACAUGUAUUUUUACAUAAUGUGUACAUGUCCAAACUGUUCCUCCCUGUGUUUAUAUCAAGAGAUAAGUCCGUACGUAUUACAACCUUGAACUAA